AUGCUUGGUCAAAGAAAACCGGCUUCAAAUUUAUAUUAUACAAUAAUGGACGUGGAGAAACAUUCAGGAAAAACUUCUUCUCCAGUUUCAAGUCGGAGUAAGAGCUCUCGCGCGGAGAAACAAUCGUCAUCAUCAUCAAUGUACUCAAACAUUGUGUACUCCACCGUUGUAUUGGUCAUUACUAUCCUAGCUAUUCGAUCGCAGUUACCAUCAGAAUUUAAUGCUCUGUCGUUGUCGCCAGCGCCUAUAUCUCGCAUAGUUACAUCGUUGAGAGAACUCUCUCACGAUGUUUUUAGAUUUUUUCCAAGGCAGGAAAUACAAUCAUCCAACCUACCCCACCUACCAAAUAAUCGAGAUGAUUUUUUUCUGGACCCAGUAGAAAGAUUUGAUGUAGAUGGCAAUAGGCCGUUAGGUUUUAUUAUAGUGGGACUAGUGAUUUUGUUCAUGGGAAUUAUCAUAGGACUAUAG